AUGACGAGCGCCAGGGAGGGCAGGUGGGCGAGCUCGCACAUCGGCCGCCAGCGGGUGCGGGACGGCGCGGUGGUGCUGCCCAACCUCUCGACGCAGGUGGUCCUGGGCGUGCGCCGGGAGGAGGCCGCGCCCCGCGGCGCGCAAACCGCCCGGGAGCUGCGCUCGGAGGACGCGCUGCCGGCGCCGCUCGCUGACGCUCAGACAGCCCGCGCGCGGCGCGCCCAGAGCGCCGACGAGCGCGGGCCGUCACCGCGGCGGCGGGCCACGGAGAGGCGGGGCGCCGGCCACGGCGGCGAGCGCUUCCUGGAGCUCCUCGCCUCCCCGGGCGCCAGCGUGCUCGACGCGCGCGCGCUGGCGAGGCUGGAGGCGGAGGCCGGGCCGGGCAGGCAGCAGGAGGUCGUCAGGCUGCUGCGCACGCUGCGCGACCUGGUCAACGUGCGCGACGGCCUCCAGAAGGGCGGCGCCGCCGAGGGCGGCGCAGCGCCGAGGGCUCCGGAGGGGCAGGACGAGCACCAGCUGGCGGCGCAGGUGGCCUACCUGGAGAAGAAGGUGGUGCAGCUCAGGGGAAAGCUGAAGGGCCGGGCGAGGGACCACCACCCACCCGACCACCAGGACGGGGCUCCGGGCCCAGAGCAGGACCCCCGCGCCGCCAGCCGGGAGGAGCUGAAGGCCCAGGUCCAGGCGCUGCGCGAGCGGAAGGCGCAGCUCGAAGCUGAGGCCCUCCUCGGGGCGCCCCCGCCGGGCGCGGCCGGGCCCGCGGGCGGCGCGGCCACGGAGGACGCGGCGGGCGCGCAGGAGGCCGAGACCGACGCCCUGAGGCGCCGCGCUGAGAAGCUCGAGGCGCAGGUGGCGGAGCUGGCCGCCGCCAAGGAGGCGGCCGCGCGCAGCGCCGAGGCGGCGCGCGCCCUGGUGGAGGCCGCCGAGGCGAGGCUGCAGGAGAUGAUCGUCACCCGCGAGACGGAGCGCAUCCGCCUGGAGGCCGAGCGGGACGCGCUCCGCCGCCGCAUCGACGAGAACCAGCGGUGGCUGGAGGAGGAGGAGGCGCUCGGCGACGUCGAGGACGCCAGCGCCGUGCAGAAGAUGGUGGAGAGCGUGGAGGCCUCCCUGCCGGAGCAGCACUCCCACAGCCGCGCGCCCGCCGUGGAGCGCCGCUGCGGGCGCCGCGCACGGCCGGCCACGAGCAUGCAGGGGCUGAGGCGGCUGCGCGACGACAAGGAGGCCGCCCUCCAGGAGCUGCGGCAGGCGGAGGAGGAGCUGGAGCAGGCGCGGUCCGAGAGCCGCGCGCGCCUGCAGCAGCUCGAGGGGCGCGUGGCGGAGGCCGCCCGCGAGUGCGAGCUGGAGGCCGAGCGGCGUCGGCAGCAGCUCGUCGCGGAGGCUCAGCGGAGAGGCGCAGAGGAUGGGCCCACCGGACGGGCUCGGGACACGGCCACGUUCGGCCUCCACGCAUCACGGCUGCGAGAGUUGUGA